CCUUCCCUUCACUCCCCCUCCCCUUCUCGCCGCCAGGCCGGCUUUUCUUUUCCUUCUCCUUCUCUCUUGCGCUGGGUCGCACUUUUCUUCUCCUCAUCCACCCGUACCGACCUAACGAUGCGCUUCCCGACCAGCUUCCUGCUCACGCUCCUCCUGGCGCUGCCCGCCUUCGGCACCCUCGAGCCGCCUGCCAAUGCCGCUGCGGACGACGCCGAGCUGAUGGCGCUCGAGGCGCGUGCGGCGCGCAAGGCCGCGAAGCCCAAGGCCCUGCCGAAGCCGAAACCGGUCGUCAAAGCGAAGCCGAAGCCCGCGGCCAAACCCAAGCCGAAGCCUGCGGCCAAGCCGAAGCCGGUGGCCAAACCGAAGCCAGCAGCCAAACCGAAGCCAGCGGCCAAACCGAAGCCAGCAGCCAAGCCGAAGCCGGUUGCGAAGCCGAAGCCCGCCGCGAAGCCCGCUGCGCCGAAGAAGCCCGUUGCGGCCCCGGCGAAGAAGCCGGCAACGAAAGCCCCGGCCAAGAAGCCCGCAGCGGCGCCGAAGAAGGCACCGGCGAAAGCACCGGCCAAGAAAGCACCAGCAAAGGCUCCGACGAAGGCGCCAGUGAAGGCUCCGGCAAAGGCUCCCGCGAAAGCUCCAGCAAAGGCUCCAACGAAGGCACCAACGAAAGCCCCGGUGAAAGCCCCAGCCAAGAAAGCACCAACGAAAGCUCCAGCGAAGGCUCCAGCCAAGGCACCCGCAAAAGCUCCGGCAAAGGCUCCAGCAAAGGCUCCAGCAAAAGCUCCAGCAAAGGCACCUGCGAAGAAGGCACCCGCCAAAGCACCUGCCAAAGCCCCGGCAAAGGCCCCAGCCAAAGCGCCUGCGAAAGCGCCAGCUUCGAAAGCUCCGACGAAGGCCACCUCCGCGAAGGGCAAGCCAUCCGCCAGCGCCGCCCCCAAGAAGACCUGCUCGCAGACCCAAAUCGACAAAGAGCUCGAGGCGCGCUACGCCGAGUUCGCGCCGAACCGGCACGAGGCGCGCGCGGGCGUGUCGCACCCGAGCGCGAAGGGCCGCAUCACGCUCUUCCACGGGACCAACUCGCGCAACGCCGCCUCGCUCGCGGGCGGCGUCAGUCUGGCCGCCACCUCGCCGGUCGGGGACUUCAACCGCCGGCCCGAGGUGCCCGGCGGGUUCUACCUCACCGACAGCCUCGUCGCCGCCGCGCAGUUCGCAUGCUUCGGCAUCCCGCGGCAGUCGCCGACGAAUGUGGACGUCUUCGAGUACACCUGGAACGGCGCUGGGGCCGGGGUGUUUGAGUUCCCGGGGCAGACCAAGGACUGGAACGACUUCCAAGUGUACAACAGCAACGCGAAUACCGACGUGGAGAACACCGGCAGCCCGUUCCGCGCCAAGGCCGUCGAGAUCUACAAGAACGUGAUGAUCUCCGGGCCGAUGAACGCCGCCGUCGACGCGCUGCUGACCAACUCCUUCCAGCAGUACGCCGUCGUCAAUCAGGACGCGGCGACGCAGCGCCUCACGCAGGUCGCGCGCCACCAGAACAUCAUCUGCAAGAACGUCCCCAAGGCAAAGGCGCUGACGUCCGCGCUGUACACGAAGGGCCAGGGCGGGAACCCCAAGUUCCAGAAGCUCCUCACGAAGCUGCAGACGCCGAAGCUCGUGUCGACGUCCCAGCAGUGCGUUAUCCAGUAA